AUGGCCCCCAAGGAGGCUGCCGCGCCCGCGGAGAACACGGCGCUCAAGCUCGGCCUCCAGGCAAAGGAGGGCGAGAUUGUCAUGGCGGUGUGCCACAUCUACGCGUCGUUCAACGACACGUUCGUGCACGUGACUGACCCCUCGGGCCGCGAGACCAUCUCCAAGGUCACCGGCGGCAUGAAGGUCAAGGCGGACCGCGACGAGGCGUCGCCGUACGCUGCUAUGCUUGCCGCGCAGGACGUCGCCGCGAAGUGCAAGGAGCUCGGCAUCGGCGGCCUGCACAUCAAGAUGCGGGCGACCGGCGGCAACCGCACCAAGACGCCCGGCCCGGGCGCCCAGUCUGCCCUCCGUGCCCUCGCGCGCGCUGGCAUCAAGAUUGGCCGCAUCGAGGACGUGACGCCGAUCCCCUCCGACUCGACGCGUCGCGCGUCGGGCCGCCGUGGCCGCCGCUUGUAG